AUGGGCAAUUCGCCUUCAUCUACGUCAGGAGAGAGACAGGCGUUACUGCCACGAGCGAUGCCAUGUUUAGACCCGGAAGAUGAGGUUGAUCAUGACGGUUGUUUUCCGCCUCAUGGGGUGAGGGAUUUAUGUCCGCAAAAUCCUCAUUCGAAAUUGCCUGUUUAUGUUACUAUUCAUAGAAUUCGAAGAGAUGUGAUUGCUGCUAUAGAUGAUCCGUAUUCUCUUGAGCAGCUGAGGGAUCCGAGAAUGAACUUGUCGGUGGUACGGCCACUAGUAGAUAAGCUUUAUGAGCUGGAUGAUGUUUCUGUUGUAUACUGCCUGUUAGUAAACAGAGUUCAAUUUCAGCGCGAACAGAGUGUCCAGCCACAUCAACAAAGUGUAUGCUCCACUCGUGCUCUCCUCUGCGAACUGCUCGCCAACCGCAUAUUGAGACGCUUUCAUGAAGACAACACCGGAGCACAAGGUUUGCUAUGUCUCGCUCACAUCUUAGUUGGCUCCUUCGACCCUUUUCAAGGGGCACCACAAGAAGUGAUAGACCAAAGUGACCAUCAACUUCAUUGGACUGUCAAAUCUAGAACAGGAUUUAUGAGGAAGCUGCCUGCUCUUGAGAUUGCCAUUAUUUCCGAAAGCAAGACUUUUCUCAGUUCUUCUGCCUGUCAAAUGGUAGUGCGAGCAAUCUACGAAGGCAGAGUUAUCUACACGCCGACUUCAUUUAUAGAUAUCUUACCGGAUCACUACAAGCAUAAACCUGUAUCUCUAUACAACCCACGGAAGGCUCCCAUUCUCAAUCAAUAUCGUCUGAUUGUUCCCCGAACUAGGAACUUAAUUGAGAUUGUGCAUUUUAUCAUUCUCUUGGUGCUGUUCAUGCUCGUAAUGAAGAAUCGAGACCCAUCCAAAAUUGGUGGCGUGGAACUUAUCUUCAUCAUUUACACUUUCGGGCUUCUUCUUGAUAUGUUUGCGACGAUUCUAGAGCACGGUUGGGAUGUAUACACCCAGAAUCUCUGGUCCUUCCUUGACAUAACCUUUUCAUUUGUUUUCAGUAUCUAUCUGAUUUUACGCCUUCAUGGAUGGCGGACCGACAACCUCAUUGCCUGUCAACAAGCGAUGGAUGUUUUAGCAAUGGGUGCUCCAGUUCUUAUACCACGACUCGCAUUCAAUCUCAUGUCUGAAAACAUGCUAUUCGUCUCCCUACGCAGCAUGAUGAGGGACUUCACAAUACUCACUGUUUUAGCUGUUUGGUGCUUCGCAGGCUUUUUGCUUUCUAUGACUUGGCUUGCUAAUGGAAGUCAUGAACCAAUAACUAUUUCCAAGUGGAUGUUGUGGGUCUGGUUCGGCCUCGAUGGUACUGGAAUACAAAGGUCAACAGAAUUCCAUUGGCUCCUAGGCCCUAUUCUUAUGGUAACAUUCGCAUUUCUCGGAAAUACGCUCUUCCUCACGAUUCUUGUGUCUAUGUUGAGCAGCACAUUUGCCAACAUCGUAGCCAACGCCAACGCAGAGAUACAAUUUAGAAGAGCAGUGCUUACCUUGGAAGGUGUUAAGUCAGACGCAAUAUUUGCUUACCCACCACCUUUCAACCUCAUCGCCGUCAUGAUACUCCUCCCAUUGAAAUUCGUCCUAACCGACCGCUGGUUCCACAAACUCAAUGUGUUUUUCGUCCGCAUUAUCAAUGCUCCAAUCCUUCUCAUCAUCUCCCUAGUAGAACGACGAACACUUUGGCCAACCACGAAACGACCUCGCGAUGCAGAACAACUACCUCUAACUCCCAAAACAAAAGUUCGGCCUUGGGAUUUAUCGCGGCAAUUCUCAGUACACGGCGAUAUCCAAGCGGUCUUCGACGCGGAACCGCCAGCAGAGGUUGAGAGCGAGAUUCAGCGUGAUGAUGAUUUGAACCAUACGACUUUCGAAGAUGCUUUCAAUGAAAACUUCAGCCCUGACGUCUUGAACUCUUCUCGGCGGUCAUCUUCAAAUAGAAGGGUAAACGGUAAAGAACGUCGCGACUCGGUAGCGCCAUUUGGAGGACUGAUGAGGCACUUGAGUGAAUCCAUCACCGAAGAACAUGAAGCUGCGAGCUCCCACUCACGAGAUUGUGGUAAACAUAACGAGGAAGUGAAAGAUAGGCUUCACGCAUUGGAGAAAACUACAUUGAGAAUUGAGAAGUUGCUUGGGAAGCUGUGUGAAGAUCUGGAUGAUGAGUUGGGAAUGGGGAAAACGAAUGACGCUGGGAGCAGCAGAGGAGAGGGAAGUGGUGAUAUCCUAACUCUAGAGGACUUGGACCAAUCCUAG